AUGGCGAUGAUGAGAGUUGACGAUGGGCAGAGUUCGAUCGGUUUUCUGUCCACGUGGGCGCCAGCUGUCACGCGCCUUCUCCCCAACAAGAUGUCCGUGUCUCGGAGAAUCCUCCUUGCGGUGGUCUCUCUGCUGAUACCAGUAGUGACCCCACAGAGUAUCUCACAAAUUAUACAAGAGUAUGACCACCUAGACUACAUGAAGGUCAUCAAGGGAGGGAAGUUCCUGACCGGGAUUAACGACCCCGAGUCUGACAGCGGCGAGUACCCGAUGCAGGAGGCCGAGGUCAAAGCGUUCUACAUAGACACCCACCCCAUCACCAACGCUCACUUCUGGAAGUUUAAGGAGGCCAAGCCGCGGUACGUGACGACAGCGGAGCGCCAGGGCUGGAGCUGGGUCUUGAAGCCAUUCCUGUCUCCCACCGCCCGGGAUCAGGCCAGGAAUGUCCCGGAGGGAACCUGGUGGGUCCCCGUUAAGGGGGCAGCCUGGAACAAGCCCGAGGGCCUGGGAUCCACCGUCAGGGACCGCCUCGACCAUCCCGUGGUCCACAUCAGCAUGGAGGACGCCAAGGCUUUCUGUACCUGGACGGGAAAACGCCUACCCACAGAGAACGAGUGGGAGUUCGCGGCGCGUGGAGGACUCCAGGGCAAAAUUUAUCCCUGGGGUGAUCGAUACCAAAAGAACAGGACCAACCUCUGGCAGGGGAAAUUCCCUGAGGGUAACACAAAGGUAGACCACUGGGAGGGGACAUCCCCCGUAGAUUUCUACAGGGCACAGAACCAGUUCGGUCUGUACGAUAUGUUGGGAAAUGUGUGGGAGUGGACGUCCACUAGGUACUACGACAGAGUCGUGGACAGGAAGCUACAGGAAGUGAUGUAUGUGGUGAAGGGAGGUUCCUUCAUUGACAGCAGGGAGGGCCACUGUAACAGAAUUGUUAGGACAGCGCAGAGAAUGGGUCUACAGCCAGACUACACAGCUCAAAACGUUGGCUUCCGAUGUGUGCGCAGUGCCAAAGCCUACUGGGAUCUCCAUGGACACAGAGACUUACGCCGACCGUUCAUUGGGGACAACAGACCAGACCCCCGGGUCAAGCGACAGCCAAGGCACCACAAGAAAGAUGAGCUGUAGAGACUGCAUCCCCACCCCCGGGGUCUCAGACACUGUAGAGGAUCUCGUCACUAGGCACUGUGAUGUCACAGGACUACUGACUAUCUGAUCACAGAGACAAUGGGAAAUCAACCAAUCAGAAUGUAGCAUGUGAUAUUGAAGUUAGAAAUAAUGUAAGCUUGAUGACAUUGUAUAGAUAAAUACAAAAUAAUUUGA